AUGUCUUCCCCAAUUAGGGUACAGAAGAAGCAACCGCCAGAGCCGUCGUCUCCGAUUUCGUCACUCCCCGAAGAAAUCUUCGUCGACAUCGUAGCGCGUGUCCCGAGAUGCUAUUACCCAACUCUCUCCCAAGUCUCCAGGCGUUUCCGGUCACUCGUCGCGUCGCCGGAGCUUUACGAGAGACGAUCCUUCCUCGGAGUCACAGAGCAAUGUAUCUACGUCGCAAUCUCCAAAGAUCAGACCUCCGAUAUCCACUGGUUUACUCUCUGUCGCAAACCUAGCAGAGAACAACCCUCCCCCGGCGCGACUGACAAUCGCCUGGUCCAUAUCUCGUCGCUCCCUCCGAUGCCUCUGCAAGGAAGCUACGUCGCCGUUGGCUCGAGCAUCUUCGUGAUGGGAGGAUACCAAAAUUGGCAGAUCCAAUCGAGUGUUUCGCUCAUCGAUUGUCGAUCUCACACGGCUCAGCCUCUCGCUGACAUGCCCAAGGCGGUCGCUGGUUCGGUCACAGAGGUCAUCGACGGGAAGAUUUACGUAAUCGGAGGAUCGGAUACGCUUUCUCCGAUGAAAUCUCCGUCGAGGAGUAUGAUGGUGUUUGAUACGCAAACAGAGACGUGGGAUCUUCGGGCGAGGCCGGAUUGGGAGCAAGGGAAGAAGUGGCUUAGCAGUGUGGCAAUGGGAGGUAAGAUUUACAUGAGGAGUUACUACAAUAGCUUCGUCUACGAUCUGGAUGAAGAUAACUGCGAGAGAGACGAGGUUCUGCAUUCCAAGGAGUGGUCGAAUUCGUGUGUGGUAGAGGAUGUCAUGUAUUACUAUGAUUUUCGUGGGAAAUGUCUGAGAGCUUAUGAUCCCAAGCAGAGGUCUUGGGGAGUUGUGAAAGGUUUGGAUGGGUUGUUGCCUGAGGCUUGUAAGUGGUCAACGACGGCGAGUUACAACGGCGGGAAACUGGCUCUGUUCUUGCAGAGGACGGAGAUAUGGUGUGCGGAGAUUGCGGUCGAGAGGCGCCAAGGAGGAGAGAUUUGGGGUAGAGUCGAGUGGUGUGAUGUCGUGCUUGGUGGGAAUUUUCACAUUAUGGAUUGUGUAGCUGUCACGCUCUGA